ACCACCUACUAGUCAACCAAAAACCAUAUAUACAUACACCUAACCCAUUUCCCUCUGCCACACACACCAAAUCACACCACCAUGUCCAUCCUCCUCCUUCUAGCCACCGGCGUGAUCGCCGCCGUGAUCACCCCAAUCUUGUACUCCGUUUUCCAAUUUCUUUACACACGUCUAAGGUUCAAACUCCCACCUGGCCCACGUCCACUUCCUAUUAUAGGAAACAUGUACGAUGUCAAACCAGUCAAGUUUAGGUGUUAUGCUGAAUGGGCUAGAACAUAUGGCCCGAUAUUUUCGGUGUAUUUGGAUUCUAAACUGAAUGUAAUAGUAAACAGUUCGGAGUUGGCAAAGGAAGUUUUGAAAGAGAAUGAUCAAAUGUUGGCUGACAGACAUAGGAACAGGGCAACUAUGUCUUUUAGUAGAGGUGGUCAAGAUUUGAUUUGGGCUGAUUAUGGGCCUCAUUAUGUUAAAGUUAGAAAAGUUUGUAAUCUUGAAUUGUUUUCACCUAAAAGACUUGAAGCUUUGAGACCCAUUAGAGAAGAUGAAGUUACUGCUAUGGUUGAAUCCAUCUUUAAUCAUUCUUCUGAUCCUGAUACCAGAGGAAAAGCCUUAGUAAUGAGGGGUUAUCUCGGUUCGGUUGCAUUCAACAAUAUCACAAGAUUGACAUUUGGUAAACGAUUUGUGACAUCUGAUGGUGGAAUGGACGAGCAAGGUAAGGAGUUCAAAGGCAUUGUAUCUAAUGGGAUUAAGAUCGGUGGUAAAGUUUUCAUGGCUGAGAGCAUUCCAUGGCUACGAUGGUUGUUUGCUGGUGAAAAUGAGAUACUUUUGAAACAUGAACAACGUAGAGACCGACUUACAAAAGCUAUCAUGGCAGAACAUGAUCUUGCACGCAAGAAAACUGGCGGUGCCCAAGAGCAUUUCAUCGAUGCAUUGCAUACACUUCAACAGAAGUAUGAUCUAAGUGACGACACCAUUAUUGGCCUUCUUUGGGACAUGAUCACCGCUGGAAUGGACACAACUUCAAUCUCAGUGGAAUGGGCAAUGGCUGAAUUAGUUAAGAACCCACGUGUACAACAAAAGGCUCAAGAGGAGCUAGAUCGGGUAAUAGGGACCGACCGUAUCAUGUCAGAAACAGACUUCUCAAAGCUCCCCUACCUCCAAUCCAUAGCCAAAGAAGCCUUACGAUUGCACCCACCAACUCCAUUAAUGCUCCCACACAAGGCUAAUUCAAACGUGAAACUCGGAGGAUAUGAUGUUCCUAAAGGUGGUAUUGUCCAUGUGAACGUUUGGGCCAUAGCCCGUGACCCGACUAUCUGGAAGGACCCUGAUGAGUUCAGGCCCGAACGUUUCUUUGAGGAGGAUGUAGAUGUUAAGGGUCACGAUUUCCGGCUCCUUCCCUUUGGAGCCGGAAGAAGGGUAUGCCCAGGAGCACAACUAGCAAUCAACCUGGUCACGUCUAUGUUGGGCCACCUUUUGCACCAUUUUGAGUGGACGCCACCAGCUGGAGUGAAGCCCGAAGAAGUGGACUUGACCGAGAACCCAGGAAUGGUUACUUACAUGCGCACCCCACUUCAAGCAGUCGCAACACCCCGAUUGCCAAACAAUCUGUACAAGCGGGUACCUGUUUGAUCUUAACCAGCCCUUUUGUAGUGUUCUCUUGUACCAGUAUUUUUUUUUUGUACUAAAGUUUACUAGUAGCAUUGUGUACUGGAAUGGGUUUUAUGGUAUUGAGCUUGGAUUCAAGCUUUUGGUCAAAAAUUAUAUGUUCUAAAUGAUUUUGAAAGUGAUAGUUUUGGUAUUUAAGAUAUGAAAGUGAAUUCAAUUA